GUAAGUCCUGUUCUCCACAUAUCAGAUUUUUCCAUUGCAAUGAGAAAUCUCGUGGUUCCUAAUUGCAGAAACGGCGGCGGAGGAGGAGGCUCGGAGCUCUUCUUUGCCUGAAGCGGAGCCCACAAAAUUGUAAGCAUCGGGGCGGUGUUAGAAGAGAUGACUUCGAUGUGGGCGCUUCGCAUUCUGUCGCGUUUUCUGGCCAUGGUGGGUACCAUCCCUAGGCGGAAGGACGGCACCGUGCACCGCAAAUUGGCAGACCUGUUUGAGUGGGUGAUUUCAGCGAAUCCCCAACGAGCCGAUGGGGUCGUGGCUUUCGAUGUGGUUGUGGACGCAGAGACGGGCAUUUGGGUGCGCGUGUUCGUUCCUGCCCAGGGGAUGGGAGGAGACUCUUCAGAAUUGAAUCCUAAAGCUGAUGAGAUGAUGCCUGUCAUCGUUUACUACCACGGAGGCGGGUUUGUUUUCAUGAAACCCAACGUUACCUUAUACGAUCAAUUCUGUCGGCGUUUAGCAGGAAAAUGUUCUGCAGUUGUGGUUUCUGUGCACUACAGGCGAGCUCCGGAACAUAAGUGUCCGACUGCGUACAACGAUUGCUACGCCGUUUUGGAGUGGCUCAAUUCUGAAAAAGCAGAAGCAAUCUUGCCUGCUAACGUUGACCUUUCACGGGUUUAUCUUGCCGGUGAUAGUGCCGGUGGGAAUAUUGCUCAUCAUGUGGCAAUUCUGGCAGCUGGGAAGGACCUCAGCCCUUUGACUCUAAGGGGGUUGGUAUUGAUCCAGCCCUUCUUUGGGGGAGAAGAGAGGACCGCCGCAGAGCUCCAAAUGAAAGAUCCUCUGAUUGUGUCACUAGAGCUCUUGGACUGGUAUUGGAAGGCUUACCUUCCUCCAGAUUCUAAUCGAGACCAUCCUGCGUCGAAUGUUUUCGGACCAUAUUCCAGGGACAUUUCAAAUGUCGCAAUCCCCCCUGUGCUUGUGAUUGUUGGAGGUCUCGACCCUCUGCAAGAAUGGCAGAUGAAAUAUGUGAAGGAAAUGGUGACCAUUGGGAAAAAAGUUGAGGUUUGUUUCUUCGAGGAUGGCGUCCAUAUGUUCGGCCAGCUCAAGCAGAUCGAGAUAGCGGAGCAGAUGCUGAUUGAUAUUGCUUCGUUUCUUGAGAAUCGUGAAGAGUGAUUGACAUGUCAACUAGCCCUUGCUCGGAUCUGGAGUGUUCUCGACUCGAAGAGGAAUUGGAGUUCCAAAAAAGCCUUAUUGAUUGAUUUAUUUCUUUUUAAUAUCUCGCAUUUCAAGUCACAUUAGGGCCUAUUUUCUGGGAUAUUUUGAUAAUACGGUUAUUCCAUUGCAGUCGUUGCUUCUAUUAGACGUGGGCCCAAGUUGAACUCAAACACAAAUCGGCAGUAGGUAUAUUCCUUGCAUAGAAACUUCUCGGCGAGUGUCUCUCACGAGUCGUGACCAUAUCAAAGCAUAUUUUUUAAACAAACCCAUAGCUUUCAGUUGCCCCUGGAAUGGAAUAUACAUCACUAUCACUAGUAGAAUCGAGUGGGAUCUUAAUGCAGAGGUGGGGUGUCGGUGGUAUGAAGGCGCAAAAAGUUCAGAACAUUUCUACAACUCCAAAACAUAUAAAGCUUGGGUUCAGAAGCGCUAAGCCUCAUUCUCCCAUUCUCUCUUUGCUCCCUGCACUUUCAGGUGUGACCCACCCCAAGAACCCUGGGGAAUCGAGGUCGUGCUUCUCAGCUGCAAUUCGGCCCGUGCUGCCUCAUAUGUUUAAACGCUACUGGCGUGUAGUGUGGUUUGUGACACAGAUCAUCAUGACAUGGGCUCUCUUUUUGGUUCUUCUUUUGUUUUCCCAAGUUCUCCAGCACGGAGAAGGUCGGAUGAUCGAACGCUCCAACCUGAAUUGUGGACCUCUGGAAAUUCGCCGCUUCAGGUGCGUGGACCCACUCCAAGAGCAGGCCUCAGGAGGCAGGUCGGAAUCGGCGCAGAUGUCGGUACAUGUGGGAGAUGAGGGCGCUGUUACUGUUGUAGAUAAAAAUUCACUUGAGGCUUUGAGCGCACAAGAACUUCGUCGUUCUGGUUUGGACUGCAGUCUGGAUGAUUUAUCGAUUCACCCGAUUAUAGAUCGCCUCAAACCACUCCAAUAUAAUGCUUAUGCAGGCAGUUUGCAAGCAGCGCAGUCAUCGGUCCAUGUUGAAGAUGAUGGCGUUGUUGCUGCGGGAGCCUCAAAGCUAUCUGAGACUGAGAGUGUAGGAAGUACUCCGUUUGAGGCUCGGAGUUUAGCAACAAAUUCAUCUGAGACUCUGACCGUAGGAGGUGAUCGUCGUUCAGAUCUGAAGUGUGGCCCAUUAGAAAUCCACCGCUACAGGUGUGACCCACCCCAAGAACCCUGAGUGCUGAUGCAGAGGUCGAGAUAUCCCCACAGCUUUUGAUCUAGCUUGGUGUUGGAGGAUGACGAUGGAGGUAUUUGCCUUGUGGGGCUACUCAUUUGCCAAUUAAUUACCUUGAAUUUGUCACAUGCUUCAAUCGAAACUGCUAUUACUGAGACAAUUCCAAAUCUCGCUAAGACGCCUGUAUUGACAGAUGCACUGAAUGCACUCUCAUAAAACCCGAUUCUCUGCUCUGAGCGUUGGCCGAGCAUUUACUUGGUUCACAUCGACUGCUUGAGGCAAAACGCUCUCUCUGAAGUUCAAACAACCAGUUUUCGGUCUUGGAUAUACAUGUGUGAUAUCGCUCUGUGCGAUGUCAUCGCCUUACUCCUCCUAAUUCGCAUCCCCCGUGGUUCUUCUGGUUAAUUUCCUCGUUUUGUCAGGUCAAUCAUCGGCUGAUUAUGACGAUUCCAAUCUGUCACAUGAACACUUCGUUUUAUUUCUGAGUGGGCGGGUUUUGUAAGGGGUGUCUAAUCAUCUCUGAAUUGAACUUCGAAUUCUGCAGUUCAAGGGAUUCGAGAUUGAUAUUUUAGUAUUCAGAAAACAGAUCAGGACGGCCUUUCUUUGGUGUCGCGGUACUCAAUGCGUAGCUCCGUAGAUAGCGGUUCACCAACCUGGACGAUGUGGGAUCAGAAAUGGUCGAACCCACUAGAACGUCGGGUUUCCUGUCUUCUCCUACAAGUAUGGUCUACCCUACUAUACCGAAGGUUCUGCAAACCGAAGAAAGACGCAGUCAUUGCUGCAAUUCACUAACAUACUGAAGGUUUUUAGAAUCUGAUCAAGAGUUGGAGAGACUAGCUGACCAUGGAAAGAGCCAUAGUCAACUUGGGUCCUGUAAAAGCACCCACUGAGGACCAUUUACACCGAAUAAAAAACCAGGUUUAUCGUCAA